AUGGUUUCAUAUAUCUCCAAACUAGCCACCAAGACAGCACCACAUUUUGGAAGAGUCAAUUCAAGCAAUCUUAUGAGCUACAUUCCAAAUUUGGCUAUUUGGGGUGCAGCAUCCACUGCAGGCCUGUUCGUUUUCACAGCUGGCUGGCCCACUUUCCAAGACACCUUCUACAAGAAGAUUCCAAUCCUGGGUUCUUACUGGGAGAAGGAGAUCCCACCAGAGGAUAGAAUCAACUGA